CAGAUGCACAAACUAGCUGCCUGGAGGGGUAUCACUCUGUUGUCAAUCAAUUUGCACCGAAAAUGUACUCGUACUCAUACCUUGGGAUGUUGAGCAGGACAAUACUGGCUGCCCUUCAUUUCAAUUAUAAUAUUGAAAGGGCCCCAAAGACAGACCAAAAUGGAAAUGUAAAAUUAAGAGUGUCAUAUGUGAAAUACAAGUAUGGGGAAGGAACUGUAAGGGAAGUUAAAACUGCACAAAACUAUGAAUAUGUUAAAGACAUCUAUAAAAACCUCAUUGAAACUCCCCGCGAUCACCUUAGAGUGCUUAAAAUAGAAUUAGAAGCAGAAGUCCCGGAAGCAAUGAAUACAAUGAAUGAGAAAGAGAACAAACAUGAAGCCAUUAGAAAAUAUAUGGAAAGAAAAGAAGCCCAAACACUGUUGUGYCCACCUACAUGCACAGAUACCGAACUGGAGGAACUUGUAGCGCCUCCACCAGAACGAGGAACAAGAAAAGUCCCAAUAUGUAAAUCAUGCGAUAAACCAAUGAAGGGGCACAAGAUAAUCAACAAAAAAAGAUAUUGUCCCCACCAACUACCUGUAGAAAAUUAAAACACACACAAACAUUCAYGAAGUCUUUACAUCAUGAUAUCCAAACAUCAUUCAUAUGUAUUACUACAAAAAAUAGUACUUCAGAGAAUCAAAAUURUUUCAUUAUAUCUUUUGAAAAGCUAAAAUUUCUUGAAGUUCUUUUAUUUCUAGARUUUUAGAAGCCAAAAAAUGACAUACUCAAGAAACAUGUUUUGAAUGAAAAAUCACAACAUUUUGUUGCAUAUAACAAAACUAAUGCUGCUAGAUGU